UUAAUCUUCAUGAAGCUGGGAAAUCAAAGACGCAGUCCGAUGUCACUUCGAUGUGGACAGAAUAAACCGGCAGAGUAGAAGCCUCCGGUAUCUUCAAGCGACAACAUGUUGCUCUUUGGCCUAAAGUUCUCCCUGAUUCUCAUUCUAGGUCCUGGUUUGGUGGUCCUUGAGUUUGUGGCUGCGGAAAAAUCUGGCCGGGAAUUGCCCGAUCGCAUCGACAGACUACUCGAUGGACUAUCCUGUGUUCCCAAACUAAGUGCCAGUUCUUCCUUUGCCAUACUGCUGGCUCAGUUCUUGAUAAAACAAAAACUACGCUAUGUGGCCCCAACCCGAUACGAACGGCAGCUAUAUUACCAUCUACUCCACAGGAUGGAGCUUAUCAGGGAGCGAUCUGACUGGUCUGGAGUGUACGGAGACAUUCUCAGCAGUGUUUUCCAAAGGAAUAUGCUGCUCUUACCCCCAACUCUCAAGUGGGGCGAGUUGAAUGCUAAUGGGGAGUACGAGCAACUGGCUGAGGUCUAUCCGAAAGUGGUGAACGAGGGGCAGUUGAAUGAAACCCUAUCGGAUUUAUGUCUACGGGAGAUUGUAAUGCUGGAGCCCCCAAACUGUAAGGGUAUUUCUUCAAGCUGCCUGGAAAUGCUCAACAGCGAUGCCCCUGCCUACGGCUACCAAAGGACCCACCAGGUACUACUGCUUUACGUGCUGCAGCAUCAGGUGUGUGCGCCCCACCUCAGUCCACCCCAGGUGUAUGGGCUUCUGGCGAGAAGCCACUGCGAUGAGGUAGAGCGCGAGCAGAAUGCUAUCCGAAGCCUGGGUCUGCCCUCCUCUUAUCGUGAUCUGUAUUUGGAGCAAGCCACCGUCUGCGGGCUGUUUGGCUAUAAUGAGUUUGUCAAUUGGCGCAACGUAAUGGAAAUUGGCAGCUGGCUGGAGGAGGACACCAAUGCUGACAGUCAGCACAUAAGCGAUCUUGCUCUGGUCUUCUAUGUGAACUCCUUGCUUCUGCUGCAUUAAAUUAUGAAUCCCCUCACAUAGUUCCGCUUCAUAAGUUAAUAAAUUUCCGCUUAUUGCUUUUAUUUUGCGCC